UUGUAUCUCGGUCUUUUCCUGUCACCUUUUUCUCGCCUUCGCUUGCGCCCGGAGCAAAGCGUCGCGCGUGGACGUUUUCUGUCGAGACUCUCGCGCGCGCUGCAGCCCCGUUGCUGUUCGUCUGUCGUGACGCCCCGAUCUCUCGCUUCUCCCCUCCCUCAGUCCCGAUGGCGUCUUCCUCGGUAUCUAAAUCGAAGAGAAAAUCUUCGAAGAGGGACAAAUCCCCCUCGUCUUCUCGGUCGCUCUCGAACGAUUCGCGCGCUUCCAGCCGCUCUGCGUCGUCCCGCUCCGUGUCCCGAAGUCGGUCGACCUCUCGCUCCCGCUCGUCGCGAUCUUCGCGCUCUUCGUCCUCCUCGCGCUCUUCGCGAUCGUCACGCUCUUCGCGCUCGCUUUCUUCCCGGUCGCGCUCUGCCUCUCACUCUGCUUCCUCGAGGUCCUCUCGCUCCGCCUCCCGUUCCUCCCGCUCCACCUCCCGUUCCUCCCGCUCCGCCUCCCGUUCCUCCCGCUCCGCCUCUUCGAGUUCCUCCCGCUCUUCCUACUCGCGAUCCUCGUCUUCAGGCUCCUCUCGUUCACGAUCCCGCAGGGUCCGGUCCAAGAGCAAAGCCGCGGCCGACGGACCUUCGGGUGCAAGUGCAGCGCGGCCGGAGCCGCUGCCCGUGGCGGCGCCAUCGGAGGCGCCUGAGGCGAGUGACUCGGAGGCGUCUGAGAGUUCCGAGAGUCGGUCCCGGUCUCCCUCGAAGGAAAAGCUGAGUGCAAGCGAUGAGUUCUGGGCGAAACAGGCGGCAGCAUGGGUGAACUUCAAGAGUGCCGCCGGCCAGCAGCCUCCUGUUGCCCCCCAGGUCCCUACCACCCUGCCUUUCCCUCUCUUUGGGGCGCGGCCCUGUCAGGAAUCGAACGGACGAUUUCCAUUGAAUCCCCCUCCACCUCCCCGUACCAAUAUCCCUCCUCCAACGAUUCUCAGCUUCAUGCCGGGUGUCUCUCUCCCGAACGCCUCACCCAACACUGGGGGAGGUCCAGCGCCCCCACCUCCCGCGCCUCCGAAGGAAACCGGCUUCGACUGCGCGCCGUCGAAAGACGUAGUUGAGGAAGAUUCCUCGGAGAAGCCUGCAGGCGCGUCUCCCUCCGCGGCGGGCAUUCCACAGUGGCUCCGCGACGCCGUUCGAGAGGCAGGGAAGAAGGCCGACUCUGGCCGAGACAGAGGCGAACAAGGCGAAGACGAGGAAGACAAAGACAACGCAGGCGACUUACUGACUCCUUCGGCGCCGUCCGAAGCGGGGGAUUCGCCGAGAGUGUCGAGCGAAGCUGCUGCGGCUCCCUCGACGGGUGUCUCCGAAAUGUCUCCUUCCACGGGCGCAGGGGGGGCAGCCUCUGGAGUUGCGAGUGCGAACUUGCCUCCUAUGGAGGUGCAAGUGAAGCAGGCAGUGACCGAGAUCCUUUCUGCAGUGACAGACGACGUACUCCGCGAGGUCGCGCGCGAGGCCAUCAGCAACUACCGCAGAAAGCAGAGAAUCACGGGGAAGACGUCGAUUGGCUUGAAGCUCCACGUCGGUUCCGCGAGUCUCUUCGAAGGCGCAGGUCUCAAAGAGGGAAACGAGCUGGACGAGAAGCGCCUGUCGGAGAAGAAGGACUUGAAGGUUUCCGGAGACGACGCAGCGAAGGAGAAGAAGUCCCGAGGAAAAACCGACAAACGAAGUGGGAAACGCGAGAAAGAAGACAGUGCAGACGAACCCGCGGCGAACGACAGCGACACCGUGGAGGAAGACGACGACCACAGACUCUUCACUCUUGAAUCUGUCUCCGGGCCUUACCGACCACCCGCAAUUGCUACGCAGCCGCCGGCGGGUCUCUUCCACGUAUUCAUUUACGAGAACGGACGCGAAAUUGGACGCGUUCCCUUCGACGCCUCGCACCUCGUUUGGGGAAGCAAUGGAAAGCAGGCCAACGUUCGCGACCGCCAUUCUUCGGUCGCAGGGCAGCACUGCAGCGUCUUCUUCGCAGUCAAGCAACUGCACCAGCAGGGCGGAUGCUUCUUCUUCUGUCCGCUGGCGGAUGCGCUGUUGAUUCCCAACGCGAAGGUCCCUUUUCUGCAGUCCGAGAAGAGUGCGAAACGCUUCAAGGGCAAAAGUCAGAAGAAGUCGGAAGACUUCUCACACUGGAAACCUGCGGAGGGCGACGGCGUUCGUGUGAAGGCCGGCGACGAGCGUGUAGCUCUGAUGGACCAUCGAAGCUGCUUCAUGCUCGGAGACUCUCCUCGGCUCUACUUCAUCGAUGUCACGGACUUGCCUGAGAAGCUGAAGAAAGCAGGAGAAGGGGGAAGGAGAAAGGUGGAGCGUGAUCGAAGUCGCAGCAGGCGCAGGUCUCGGAGUCGCGGCCGCCGUUCUGUUCGCCGCUCUUCACGGAGCUCGAGUGCGAGUGGGCGGUCGUCGCCAAGCGUCUCUUCGGCGAGUCCCGCAGGCGCGCCUUCUGUCUCCUCAAGAGGAGACAGUUACCGUCGUGGAAGCAGCGACAGCCGCUCUCCGAGUCGAAGCAGAAACGCCGAACGGCCCCGGCGCCGGAGCGCGUCUGCCUCUUCCUACUCUCCCCAUUCAAGUGGAAGCAGCAGAAGUGAAAGAAGCAGAAGUGGAGGAAAAAGCAGAAGUGGAAGAGGAAGCAGAAGCUCUUCGGCUUUGGGCGGGAGAAAGGGAGAAGACGCGCGUUCGGCGUCGAGUCGCGAAGCGACAGCUGGGGAAGCCGCGGCGGGGAGAGAAGCUGUGAACAAUCUGCAGACUCUGCGGCGCGGCAGUGGAAAGAAAACGAGGUCUCACGAGCGAGGAGAAAGUGCAGACUCCGACAAGAGCUCUGGAAGAAACGCGUCGAGUCGGGAGCAGUCUGUACACUCGAGCCGAGGGUCGCGCAGCGGAUCCGAGAGAAGCGACAGCUUCAGCUCCAGGAGGUCCGCGAAGAGCAGCGGAGGAGGUAGCGGAGGCUCCAGCGUGCAGACCGAGAAUCCGGGCAGAGACAGAAGUUCUCGACGCGCCUCUGUGACGAGCAACUCGAGUUCAGGAAGCGGAAGAAGCUCGCCGGAAAGAGAAGAGAAAGACAGAGAACAGAGAGAAGAGAGAGACAGCAGCCAGAGCGCUGUGCUGCGACGCGAGUUGGAGAAGAGAAAGAUCGGCGGCGAGUCCGCGAGAAAGAGGCGCAGAGACAAGGAAGAAGAGAAGGAAGACAGGAAACACCGGAAAACUGAGCGUGGCGAGAAGGAGAAGAGUCGAAAGGACGAAGGAAAGAAGCACGGGUCGAACGAAGUGGAGAAAAAGAAAGAAAAAGACGAGAAGAAACCCAGCAAGAAGGAAGAGAAAAAAGCGUCGCAUGCAGAAUCAUCAAGAAAGAAGAAAGCUGGUGGAAAGGAUGACAAAAAACACAAGACCAAGACGCACGACAAAGAGAAGCGGAGCAGCGAGAAGGAGAAGAAGGCUUCGAAGAAAGAGAGCCCAAAUGAAGACAAGAAAAAGUCGCGCCGGUGAACUUUCUCCUCCA